UAUUUUUAUCAAUCGUAAGUUAUAAGUUUUAAGAGUAAAUAAUGACGUAAGAAGUCAGUAGGUUUAAGCGUCUAAAAGACCUUCUUUGAAUCUUUCGUAUUUGUUUUUUAUACGGGGAUUUCUUUUUAUGAAACUGAAGCUGCUACGGCGUAGGGUACUUCUAGGCCCACACAGACAUUCUAUAUAGAAAUGGAUGUGCCCUAUUUUUGCUUUCCUGUGUGUAAUCCAAGUUAACACGGUAAUACCCAGAAUGGUUUCUUUGAGCCAGGGGCUCAGUGGCUGGGGGGAGGGGGCUAUGGCCCUCCCUAAAUAACCAAAUUUGUCUGAAAAUUUCAGUAAUUUUGUUGCAAUUUUUCUGAAAAUAUUGCCUUUAGCAUACCCUCCCUAAAAUACUUCAACCUCCAAUGCGCCCGUGCUACCCUCUCCAUAUAGAAUUUUUAACUUUGAAUUGUUAACAUCCAUGUAUUCAAGUUUUGAAAUUGGUUUCUCGCUCAUAGAUACGCUCCUGUUAAUCUUGUUUUUUUGCAUUACAUUGAAACGUUUUCAAGUAUCCAAGAUAUGAAAUAUCCAGUUUGCACGCGAAGAAAGCCCCGCACACGCGCACAAAGGUCGACAUGCACUGCGCUUUUCAAUGGAGCCACAUGUCAUUGGACAAAUCGCGUCCCUCUUCCAAACGUAAAUACCUUACAACAAUGCGCAGAUUUUUUACAUGCCUAAUUAAAAUUGGAUUCACGCAUUUUCGCAAACUUUUAUUUUCUGGAUUUAAAAUUACUUGCAUCUUGUUAUGAUGCGAGUCACUUGACUUGUUUAAUUUCUUAGUAGAAUCUAGUGAAAUUUUAUCGCAACCUGACGCAACCUGACAUAAUUUGGAAGAUGGAUUGUGCAAAAAUGUUUUGGAUGCUUUUUGGAGUUACCGUGGUCUUCUUCGUGGAUUUUGCAAAAGGUUGCCAAUAUUGUGGGUGCUAUGGAACUCCAAACUGUGACUGCUACUGCCCCCCUUGGAUGUACAUUGGCUAUGACAAAAUAAUCCUUAACCCUGCCCAAGGUCAGGUAUCAGUCAGUUCCAGUGCUGCUGCAUCCGUCAAAUACAACAAAGGAGCCCCACAAGCCUACAUCUCAUCUCUCUCUAGUGCCAAAGCAGACCCCAAGGUCCCAGUUGUCAUUGUUCGGCCAACAGUGCCACCUACUACAAAGGGAAGCCCGACAUCGCCUCAACCCCCAACAGGCCAACCUGUAGUGACACAAAAACCAUCCCCAACUCCAACCGGUAAUGCAGGAAAGAAAGCUUGGGAUUACCGUCCUGGUGACAACGCAUACGGUCCAGCUAACUGGAAAUUGCAGUGGCCUAAGUGCUCAGGCUUGCGUCAAUCCCCAAUUGACAUAGCAACAGUGAGCGUCAUUCCAAAGAAUGCUCCUUGGAAGCUGCAAGCCGGCAAUCCUGACCCUGCUCUCGCAGAGAAUUUUAUUGUUAUGGGAAAGCUGAUAAAUAAUGGCAGGGGGCUUGGAUUCAGAGUAGACGACGUAAACACCCCUAUUCAGUUGGUUUUUAACAAUACGUAUAAACUCAGGCAGUUUCAUUUCCACUUUGGUUGUGAAGACGAAAUGGGCUCGGAGCAUUCCCUUGAUGGGAAACGUUUUCCUGGAGAGAUUCAUUUGAUAUUUACAAAUAAUAAAUAUGCAACUGUUCAGAAUGCUUUGCAAAUGCCAGACGGCAUCAUCAGUCUUGCAUUUUUCCUGGAUUAUGAUGAAGCUGUGCAAAACAAAGCCUUCAAAAGGAUCACAGACAACAUCAAUACAGUGAGGCUGCCAAAGAGCACAGUGGCAUUUCCAGAUGGUAUCUCCCUCAUGAACAUGAUUCCUGCAAUGAAGGAAGGCCUUGCAAACCUCAAGGUCUUUGCAUACAGAGGCUCUAUGCCAGCUCCUCCUUGCUUCGAGUCUUUCACGUGGUUGGUUUUCAGAAGACCAGUGAAGAUCAAUCCUGUUACGCUUGAAAACUGGAGGAACCACUUGCAGGGAAACAACGGGAGGAUGUGUGGUAAUUACCGACCAAUUCAACCACUCAAUAACCGAAGAAUCUUCACUUUAAAUGGUGUAGCAGCUCCAACGGUACAUCCCAUUGUCGUAAGUUCAUCCCCAAAGCCAGGAAGCACCAAGAAGCCAACUAGCAAACCAUCAGUAUCAGUACCAGUAUCACCAGUGGCUCGCUUCCGAGCUCCAGGGAUGCCAUUUGAAAGAAUAGGUGCUGGUUUACGAGAAAAGGCAUUUGCAAAAUUCGUCGGUAGCACAGGGAACCAGCUCGAUGAGAAAGUUACUUCAGCGGAUGCCAGGCAAGAGCUACACCCGGCUCAGACAGGGAACGGGGGAGCCCCGCAAUCAGUUGGCAACAUAGUGCCACCGAAUGUUGGUAAUCCAGUGAGGGAGCAGAGCUCAGCUUUUACAAGCAUGUCAUCAGGCAAAGACAGUAAGCUACUACCCGAAUCAAAGAAACAAAUAGACACUCAAUCGCCACAAGGUUUCAAGAAUAUUGAUAAUGGGAAAAAAGACGAUAGUCAGGCCAAGAAACCGACUGUCGCACCUGGAAUGAAACGGCAAUGGUUAUAGAUUAAUCUGGUUUGCUAAUAAAAAUCGCUUUGAAGUUUAAGCGCCUUAACCUGGUAAGGUAAAAAGCCCGGACUUGAUUUUACGGCAAAUGGUUGUCAACAUUCAGGCUUACGACUUCAUCUGAUGCUGACAAUGCCAGAUUGUAAUGCUCUAGGAUGGUUGAAAAGCGUUGCUGUAGAUUUUUCUGUAAAUAUAUCGCGCUUGGUAAUUUCUGGAUUUAAAAGCUGCUAUUAGAAACAACCGAUUUUGCAUAUUACGUAAUUGGUAAUUGACUCAAGAAUCAGUUUUUGCGAAAACGCAAUAUGUUGCAAAUGCAGAGGCGUAAGCCUUAUCAUGAUAUUUCGAUGCAUGUGCAUCUAUGUAAUGUGUGAGAAUAGUGAUAUUACCGAUAAGAAGUUUGAUAUGGACAAUACACAAGGUUGAAAUGUCCUAAUAAAAUACAACCACGGAUAUAAGGAAGACUGUACGUGAAGCAGAUCGAUGCUAAGAUAGCAAUUGCAGAAUGAGGCCACACUGCUAGCAUAAGUGCCCAAAUUCAUGCUUGCGAUACUAGAUUCUUGUCUAAUGUGGUAUGUAUUUGAGAUACCUGUUAACUAAAGACUUGCAAGGGGUUGAACCAGCUACCCUAUAUCAAAUCCAAAUUAUUUCUAGCUUGAAAUACCCGGAUUACUCAGGUGAAUGGCCUUACCCUCUACAUUUUAUAACUUCCUUGAAACACCUGAUUAAUAAAUUUUUAAAUGGUUGGUAAAUACACAACUACUUCUAGUGUUUUUCCUCCUGGUAAAAUGAACAAACCAAGAAAUUUUUAACUGUAUUGGUCUGAAAACACAAACAACAAAUAUCCUGCCAAGCUUUAUCAUAACUAGGCCGUUUGUUGUUAUUAGCAACCAAAUCCGCUCAGAUGUGAUUGGGUAAUCUUGAAAGGUUAACAGGGAGUGAUUUUGCUGCACAAACCCCAAGUAGUUUGGACACCAAGAAAAUUAGUGACAUUGGUACUCUAAAAAUAUUUUGUUGAAUUGCAUCAGUAAAACGUUGUCAUAUUAAAAUUGCUAGUUUCAUUACACAUAUAGUCAAGAUAUUACCUUUUACAUACCAACUUAUCACUCAUUGAGCGUUCGUCAGUAUUUAAAAGACUUGGUUAUUUAUCACUACUCGAGUCACAAUAAACUUCUUCUACAAAUAUUGUUAUUUUGCGGAUCUGAUUUGUUUAUAAUACAUUACCCUUUGAAACAGAUGUCUUGAUAAAUGUUUAUGUAAAAAUAUUCUAGAUUUGCUUUUCAUUCAAACACAUUCCACUGUAACAAAGAAUUUCUAACAAGCAUUUUUACUUGCCAUUCACGAUACUUAUUGUGUCUGAUCUUGGCUAUGGGAGAUAGUUCAUACCAGAUUAGCUUUAGGCAACUUGCCUACAAUUUGCCUACAUCUUCUGUAAAAAAUUGCCUUCAAAUAAGACUCUUACACAGAUGCUCCUUCGCUGAAAUGAAGUCAAUCUAAGCUUUUCCCAACUUCUCGCGUGAAUGAAAUUUUAU